AUGCCCCCUACUGAGUACUUCAACCUCGAUGUCUGCUCCCAAUUAACGAACAUUCUGUUCACUGGAUACAGCGUACUCGGUCAGAAAACAAAUGGGACAGGGGAUGCAAUAAAAGGAAAAGCUGAGAAGAGCGGCUUCACAGUGAAUGAAGCUUCGAAGAAAUAUUCGACUAGUCUGACGAAGGUGACAGAGAUAGUCAAAGGGGCGUUUAAAGCGGUAGGGCUGGAAUUCCAAAGAUUCGUCCCCAAGGAUGAAGCUAAUUGGUAUGGGACGGCAGGGCCUUACCUGAACUUCUUCUGUGGGUACGGGCUCAGAUGGAAGGAAUUACGACUAGGUCACUCGCAGAUGUCAGUGGGAAAGGAAGAGGGAAAGUCCAAAAUUUUUAUGGUCGAAAGCUACGGACUUCAUGGUGGCCACCACAUACUCCUUGAAGGAUGCACAUUCCCUCCCGAAAAAGGAUCGUCGAUGGUGCAGUCGCUGGGCCCUAUGACCAUCCUUUUGUAUUAUAUUAGGUGUGAGCCGCAGUACAGGGAUAAAUGGCUAGCUGCAGCAAAACGCACCUUUGCAUUCACACCAGACAUCGACCAGCUCUUAGCGGCGGAAAAACACAAGAAAAAUGCCUCGGAAAUCAGACAUUUAAUAGGAAUGAUGGCUGACAUUUGCCGCAUAGCGACUACUAGGCAAGCGACUAGAGUAUUCCUACCUUUGUGUAUGGUGGCUUUUGCGACAGCGGACGACACUAACUGUGCCCAUGCAUCCCUUGUCAGACCAGCCACUCUUCCAUGCGGAAAGAUAACUGCAGAAUUAGGUCCUACCAUGAUAACGAGACUCAAUUUCUCGGAAAAAGGGGCUUUCAUGCUGUGCUUUCAUGCUGUGGGACCUUUGUAG